CUCUCCCCACUCACGUGAUAUGAAAACUCCUCAGUCGACGUCUUGUACCCUUCCUACCAGCCUCUAGAUGCUUACAUCCAUUUGAAGUCCUCCUCUUGGCUGGCGUUGGGGCUAAGGAACCUUGUCUCUUUUCCAAUUUUUUCUUCGUUCGGAUUUUUCCACGGCCAUUUCAAGAUUUCGUCACAACAUGUCUGCGUCCGACAAGCAGUACACGUAUAUAGUAGAGCACCUGGACCCUGAACUCGAAGCUUGGUCUGCACUUGAAUACAAGACUAUAGCGAAGGAGUCUAAAAGUGCGGGCUCGCGAUUCUUGCUGUCCAGCGUUCCGGCCGAUUUCAAGCUGCCGUCCGAGCUUGAAGGCGUAGACGGAUUGGAAGUCGAACACAAGAGCGUGGAAGAACUGUUCCGAGAUCGAAAGGGCGAAGUUUGCUUGCUGGACCCGAAAGCGGAGAAGGAGCUGAGCCCUGAGGAUAAAGACGUCUUCAGCGUCUUCUUGUUCGGCGGUAUACUCGGCGACGACCCGCCCCGGGACCGCACGUCUGAACUCCGCGUCAAGGGCUUCGCCGGCCGACGGUUGGGACCUGUGCAGAUGACCACGGACACGGCGGUGCGCGUCACGCGCAUGGUCGUCCAGGAAGGGUAUGAGCUCGAGAAGAUCCCCUACGCGGACUUCCCGGAGAUUCGGGUCGACGAGCACGAGAGCACGGAGAUGCCGUUCCGCUACGUGAAGAAGGCGGACGGAACGCCCGUGAUGCCUGAUGGGAUGAUAGACUUGAUCAAGAAAGAUUCGGAGAAGGGGCUUGGAGAUCUGCUGUGAUGGUGAUGGCACUCGAGCAGGACGGAGUGGGAGAUCGGUGUUGUUUCAAGCGUCUUGCUUGCCCUUUUCAUGGCGGAAAGGACAGUCGGUGAGACCGCUUUGUCAUAUCACAUACUGAUUGCCAAACACAAAAAACUUUGUGGAACAUCUACAACAAGACUCUUUCCUGGUCAAAAGCCGUAGUCUAUAUCUAAACUCUCCAUGUUGCUCAGAUCCAGAUCCAAAUCUCCAAAGACGUCGUCGUCAGGAUUCAUGCUUUCUCCUCCUCCAAGAAGUCCACCCAUUCCACCAUCACCUCCGUUACCGACGCUAAAGUCAAGCUGCAUAGAAUCUGCGCCAUUCAAGCCUAGGUCCGCAGUGAGGCCAGAAUCCUGA